AUGUCUGCCGAAUACCAGGGCCAGGAUCCAUUGGAGAUUGCCAAGCAAGCCGAGCGUGACUUGAACACACAACAGGCGAAGGGCAAUGCAGCGAGUAGCGUGAGCGAUAGUGCCGGCGAGUCCGGCGUCAACGAGGGCGUCACAGCCAAGUUCCCUGGAUCAUCGGUGACUGUCGGAUCUGCUGCAUCGGGUGCUGGGGACAACCGUGAGAUUCCUCUUGAAGAGGGUGGCUCUAUCAACAAAGUCACUGGACAACCAACUAAGGCUCGUGAUUUCGAAGGUGUUGGUGAUUUGGAGGACAAGGYGCGUAUUGCUGCCGACAGGCGAGGAGGCGAUGAUGAUGUGCGAGCGGAGAAUGAGAAGUCUGCUUAG